AUGGCACCCCGACUACGACAAAAUGGCCGGUCCCCAAGCGCUGCCCCUUCCGAAACCUCUGGAUCAACGUCACCAGAGCGUGCCGCCGACGAUGACACCGACUUCUUCAUGGCCCAAGCCAACGAUUCACAAUCCUCCAUCGGCGUCGCCAAUUUCCGUGACAGCCACCCCCAAAAUGUCCGCCCCAUGCCACUUCCGCCGAUCGGCCGCCUCCCGCCAGAGAUCCUAAUCGCGAUAUUCUCAAAGCUGAAUCUACCUUCGGACAUGCUCAACUGCAUGCUAGUGUGUCGUGGAUGGGCUGUGAACUCCGUUGGGAUACUGUGGCACCGGCCCUCUUGCAACAGCUGGUCGAAUCUGACGAGCGUGACCGCGUCCGUAGGCAAACAGGACAGCCUCUUCAACUAUGCAGACCUUAUUAAGAGACUCAACCUCUCUGCUUUGAGUGAUGUCAGCGAUGGAACGGUUGUUCCCUUUGUUCAGUGCAAGCGCAUCGAGCGGCUGACGCUGACGAACUGUUCUCAACUUACGGAUACUGGGGUGUCGGACUUGGUGGAUGGUAAUCGGCAUCUGCAGGCGCUGGAUGUCUCGGAACUGCGACAUCUUACUGAUCACACGUUGAAUACGGUAUCCAGAAACUGCCCCCGUCUACAGGGUCUGAACAUUACCGGGUGUUCGAAAAUGACCGACGACUCGCUAUUCGUCGUGUCACAAAACUGUCGUCAGAUCAAAAGAUUGAAACUGAACGGAGUUUCUAAUAUCUCAAACCGGUCAAUUCAGUCUUUUGCGGAGAACUGCCCAUCUAUCCUUGAAAUCGACCUACACGACUGCAGACUUGUCACUAGCCCUUCAGUGACUGCUUUGAUUAUAACACUGCGACAUCUUCGAGAGCUGCGCCUUGCACACUGCACUGAGAUUGAUGAUUCAGCCUUCUUGAAACUACCCGAAUUUGCGACCUAUGAUAGUCUUCGCAUUCUCGAUCUCACCGGUUGUGAGAAUGUCAAGGAUGAUGCAGUGGAGCGCAUUGUGCAUGCAGCUCCUCGUUUACGAAACCUAGUACUAGCAAAGUGCCGGUUUAUCACAGAUCGAUCCGUGAUGGCUAUUUGCAGGCUAGGAAAGAACCUCCACUAUGUUCACUUGGGCCAUUGCUCCAAUAUCACAGACUCGGCUGUCAGCCACUUGGUCAAGUCCUGUAACCGCAUUCGGUACAUCGACUUGGCCUGCUGCAACCGACUGACAGAUCAUAGUGUGCAACAACUAGCUACCCUGCCCAAGCUGCGAAGAAUCGGGCUAGUUAAAUGCCAGGCAAUUACUGAUCAGAGUAUACUGGCCUUGGCACGACCCAAGAUGACCCAUCCUUCAGUCAGCAGCCUGGAGCGAGUGCAUCUUAGCUACUGCGUUCAACUGAACAAAGAGGGCAUUCACGCUUUGCUGAACAACUGUCCUCGUCUGACUCACCUCAGUCUGACUGGCGUUCCACCAUUCCUACGGCCAGAACUCACCAAGUUCUGCCGAGAGGCGCCUAAGGAAUUCACACAACAGCAACGGGACGUCUUCUGUGUCUUCAGUGGCGACGGUGUCAAUCGACUUCGGGACUUCUUGAACCGGUACGAGUCAUCACCGCAUGAAGAAACCGAAGCCACGAUGUACGAUGACGAUGAAGAACUCGAUGAAGACGAGGGCCAAAUGACUGGGUUGAUGAAUGCAACCGUAAUCAACGAUGGAGACGAUGAUUACAUCGACGUUGGGCCAAUGAAUACGUGA